GGAAGUGCGAGCGGGCGCUAUGGCCGCUCGCUGAGGUGCGGGGCUGGGAGGUGUUUCAGCUCGGCGGGGAGCUCCGGCGGGGCUCUUCUCGGGGCCCGUCCGACCCCGGGCUCCAGUUGUUCCCCGGGGCGCCCGCUGGAGCCGUUUCCCGCCGUGAAGCUGCGGGCUGCUCCGCGGAGCGGCGGGUUCUGGCUGCGUGCUCGUGCGAUGCGUGGCUGCUCGUCGCUGGGGCUGCGCAGCGCGCUCCCGCGUUCCCUCUCUCUCCACGCUGAGAACGGGCUCUCGUCCGUGAGCUGAGUGCCGUGGGCUCCGGGAAACCGAACCGCUGUGCCGCCUGUCAGUUCGUGUCUCGGCAGCCCACGAUGAGGACUGUGCUGAUGGUGGCGGAGAAGCCUUCCCUGGCGCAGUCCAUCGCCAAGAUCCUCUCGAGGGGAAGCAUGUCCUCUCGCAAGGGGCUGAAUGGUGCAUGCUCUGUGCAUGAGUACUCGGGGUCGUUUAUAGGGCAGAGUGCCCGUUUCAAGAUGACAUCUGUGUGUGGUCAUGUCAUGACUUUGGAUUUCAUAGGAAAAUAUAACAGCUGGGACAAGGUGGAUCCAGCAGAACUUUUUAGCAAAGCUCCCACAGAAAAGAAAGAAGCGAAUCCCAAACUGACCAUGGUGAAGUUUUUACAGGUGGAGGGAAGAGGCUGUGAUUGCAUUGUCUUGUGGUUGGAUUGUGAUAAGGAGGGAGAAAACAUCUGUUUUGAAGUUCUUGAUGCUGUUCUUCCUGUUAUGAACAAACCUCCUAGCACUGAAAGGACAGUUUAUAGAGCUAAAUUCAGUUCUAUUACUGACACAGACAUCUGCAAUGCUAUGAAUCAUUUGGGAGAGCCCAAUCGCAAUGAAGCUCUUUCAGUGGAUGCCCGCCAGGAGCUGGAUCUCAGAAUUGGCUGUGCAUUUACAAGAUUUCAGACCAAGUAUUUUCAGGGGAAAUAUGGAAAUUUAGACAGCUCCCUCAUCUCCUUCGGGCCAUGUCAAACACCAACACUUGGAUUCUGCGUUGAAAGGCACGACAAAAUCCAGUCAUUCAAGCCUGAGACUUACUGGGUGCUGCAGGCUAAAGUGAACCCUGAGAAAGAAAGUUCUCUCACUUUGGGUUGGGAUAGAGUGCGGGUAUUUGAUCGUGAGAUUGCUCAGAUGUUCCUGAAUGUAACAAAGACGGCAAGAGAAGCAAAGGUAGAAUCUGUGAGUAAAAAAGAGAAGGUGAAGCAGAGACCACUGGCUCUGAACACGGUAGAAAUGCUACGAGUGGCCAGUGCUGCUUUAGGAAUGGGUCCGCAGCACGCCAUGCAGAUAGCAGAGCGUCUGUAUACGCAGGGUUAUAUCAGCUACCCUCGAACAGAAACUACCCAUUAUCCAGAAAACUUUGACUUGAAGGGAUGCUUGAGACAACAAGCUAAUAAUCCUUACUGGGCAGAAACGGUAAAAGCAUUGCUAUCAGAAGGCAUCAAUCGUCCAAGGAAAGGCCAUGAUGCAGGGGACCAUCCUCCCAUCACUCCAAUGAAAGCUGCAACAGAAGCAGAAUUAGGUGGAGAUGGGUGGCGACUGUAUGAGUACAUAACUAGGCAUUUCAUUGCCACUGUGAGUGCUGACUGCAAGUACCUACAAACCAACAUUUCUUUCAGUAUUGGCCCUGAACGUUUUAGCUGCGUUGGAAAAGUGGUAACUUCACCAGGGUUCACAGAAAUUAUGCCUUGGCACAGCAUUCCGUUAGAAGAGAGCCUUCCCUGCUGUGAGAAAGGAGAUCUCUUUCCAGUUGGGGAAAUAAAAUUGCUGGAAAUGCAAACCAGUCCUCCUGACUACCUGACAGAAGCAGAACUCAUCACACUGAUGGAAAAGCAUGGCAUUGGAACUGAUGCAAGUAUUCCAGUUCACAUCAACAACAUUUGCCAGAGAAACUAUGUCACAGUGGAGAGCGGUCGGAGACUAAAGCCUACAAACCUUGGAAUUGUUCUGGUUCAUGGUUAUUACAAAAUAGAUGCAGAAUUAGUUCUUCCCACAAUCCGCAGUGCUGUGGAGAAGCAACUCAACUUGAUAGCUCUGGGUAAAGCAAAUUACCACCAGGUCCUGGAGCAUACCCUUGACAUCUUCAAAAGAAAAUUUCACUAUUUUGUGGAUUCUAUUGCAGGUAUGGAUGAGCUGAUGGAAGUGUCAUUUUCACCCUUAGCUGCCACAGGUAAACCUCUUUCCCGCUGUGGCAAAUGCCAUCGUUUUAUGAAAUAUAUUCAGGCCAAACCAAGUCGUCUGCACUGCUCUCACUGUGAUGAUACCUACAGUCUUCCACAGAACGGUACAAUUAAGCUCUACAAAGAGUUGCGUUGCCCCCUUGAUGACUUCGAGCUGGUGUUGUGGUCGUCUGGAUCCAGAGGAAAGAGCUACCCACUCUGUCCAUACUGUUACAACCAUCCUCCCUUCAGGGACAUGAAAAAAGUUUCACUCUUCUUCCACCAGGAAUGGGCUGUAAUGAAUGCACCCACCCCACAUGCCAGCAUUCUCUUAGCAUGCUUGGAAUUGGGCAGUGUGUUGAAUGUGAGAAUGGAGUUCUGGUGCUAGACUCAACGUCAGGUCCCAAGUGGAAGAUGGCCUGCAACAAAUGCAAUGUGAUUGUGCAUUUCUUUGAGAAUGCCCACAAAGUCCGAGUGUCACCAGAGACCUGUGAGUUGUGUGAUGCCGCUCUUGUGGACGUAGAUUUCAACAAAGCCAAAUCUCCUCUACCUGGUGAUGAGACCCAGCAUUCAGGCUGUGUAUUCUGUGACCCUGUGUUUCAAGACCUGGUGGAGCUGAAACACGCAGCCAUGAGGCACCCCAUGCACCGUGGCGGACAAGGGAAAAGGCAAGGUCGAGGAAGGGGAAAAGGGCGGAGGCCUGGGGGAAGACCCAACCCAAAGAAACCCAAGGACAAAAUGGCAGCUCUGGCUGCUUACUUUGUAUAAUGGUCACACAAUGCAAAAUAAAUAAACUUCUUAUAAAAAAUUU